GAGGGAGAGGCAGAGCCGAGCGGCUGGUAGUUUUUGGAUCCAUCACGUCACGGGGGCAGUCCUACAUCUUCAGGCCGUGGGACAUCACAUUCCUCUGCUGCUAGACUGCACCAGGAGUCAGCUGACAGGGGGAGAGAAAGAGAGGAAACUGUAAGAGAGAUGAGGAGGAGGUAGGAGAGAAGAGGAGGGUCCACCAGCCUCUUGAAGCAGCAGGAAGGGGGCUGGGCCUCCCUGACAAUGCUUCUCGCCAAUAAGGACUUUCGCAAUGCUUACUUUGACCUGAGGACUUUGCGCUCAGGGUGCAGCGUGAAAAAGGCAGUGUUCAGCUCCGGCUGCUUGCUGACUUUGUUUUGAGCAUCAGCACAGGGGCUGACAUGCAGAAUGUACCAGAGGAGAGGAUGGUGAGGAGGAGGGUGGGCUCGGAGGACAGUGAGGAGUGCAAGAAGAAUGGAGGGACAGGCGUUGAGGAGGUGGAGAAGGAGUCCCUGAUGAUGGAGCUGACGAGGCUGGUGCAGAAGAUGGUGAAGGAGAGCAGCUGGUGGGAGAGGAGGGGGAUCGACUGCAGCAUCCUGGCAGCAGCAUUCCUCUGCCUGCCACCUGCCUUCCUGCUGCUGGGCUCCUCUCGGCUCCUGUGGUUUUCAGGCGGCGUGCUGCUGAUGGGCGUGGCCCACGCUGUCAUCACCAUCAAGGGGACACAUCUGGCCAGCCACGGGGCGCUCAGCGAGUCUCAGGCCUGGGCUAAGUUCUGGGCCGUCUUCUUCAUCGAGAUCUGUGGCUCGUUCUCAGCCCGUGCCGGCGUUCAGGGCCACAUCAAGAUGCAUCACGCCCACACUAACGUCAUUGGACUGGGCGACUCCAGCGUGUGGAAGGUCCCCUUCCUGCCUCGCACCAUCUACCUGUUCAUCGCUCCCCUGACGGUGCCCAUCAUCACGCCGCUCGUUGUACUCGCUCACCUCAAAGGGCACUCUGUGGCCCUCAUCGUGAGGACCAUGCUGAUGGUAACACUGGGCCUGUAUUCACAGUACUGGCUGCUGAUCCACGUGUCCGGCUUCCAGUCGCCUCUCACCGCCCUGCUCUGCAUGCUGGUGUGCAGAGCCAUGUUCUCGGUGCCGUACAUCCACGUCAACAUUUUCCAGCACAUCGGCCUCGACAUGUUCUCUCCGACCAGCCGACCAAAGAGGAUCUACCAGAUGACCCACGGGGUCCUGAACCUGCCGCGUAACCCCGUGCUCGACUGGAUAUUUGGACACUCGCUUAUCAACUGCCACGUGGAGCACCAUCUCUUCCCCUUUCUGUCUGAUAACAUGUGUUUAAAGGUGAAGCCCGUCGUGUCCAAGUACCUGACUGAAAAGAAGCUCCCGUACCAGCAGGACAGCUACUUCUCCCGCCUCAACAUUUUCUUCCACAAAUACCAGGAGCUGAUGGUGUUCGCCCCGCCGAUCACAGAGCUGGUGGGGGUGCAGUAAUGAAGGGGAAAAACUAUUCAGACUAAAGACUGUCGCCGCCACCACUUCAGUGUCUAGGUACAUCUCUGCCUCCACGGUCCAGGUUUGAAUAGUCUCUAACAUUCAGGAUAGGUUUUAAUCAAUAACACAUACACUCAUGAUGUUAGGAGCUAAAUCAACAAGAAAUCCUCAUGAUAGCUGUUUUAAUGAUCAUAUUAACUGACUGAAUAGCCUGCUCUAUUAGAGGUAAUUUAAUGAAUUGCACAAAGCUAAGAGCUCAAACAAAAGCCGACUUGAGUGAGUUUGAUGUUUGCUGACCUGGAGUCUGUCUCAUGAAGCCGUUCGUUCAGCUGACUGAUUCUCUCUGUGAGCACCGGCUGGUCCUUGAUAACUGGUUCAACAAGACGGUUUACCAACCGCCUGUUAUAAAUGGCAUUUAACAGCAGCGUGCAACAUCAAGAGAGUCAGAGGAUCUCAUUUCAUGAGAUAUAAACAAAUUGGUGUUAUUCACUCUGAACCUCAUGUAGCACCUUUUAGAUUGUAUUUUAUAUUUCUCUCAUGUCGGAUCGCUUGGUUAGGGUUAGGAAAACAUCGCGGUUUGGCUUAAAAUACCUGUUUUGGUCACCACGAUCACAGAUGGAGAUGGUCUGACCUCCCUUGAAAAACGGUUUGGGCAGCCUCUGGAUUAUAAUAAGACCACCACCAUCCUCCCCACCUGCUGAUGUGAAAGGUGAUAUGUCUUGUGUGGUACCAAUCUCAACCUUGGACAUAUUUGUGGCUAACAUUCUUUAGCCAGGUCAAGACCUACAGGAGGUUGUGGUGCUCUUACUGCUUUGGUCCACAGGGGGGCGCCAUAAUCAAUAAAUAAAAGUUCUUUGUGGCUGCUUUGGGGUAAAGUUACAAACAGUAAACACAGCCACAGAAUAUUAAAACAAUCAACUGGAAUAGAGAAAUGAUAUGAUAACCACACAGCAGGCAUUAAUACACCUGCUUCAUGAGACAGGCUCCUGUUUCCAUAGUGACAGACGUUUGUUUUCUGUCUCACCACCUGACUGCACUGUAGCUACAAGCACAUAAAGUUAGCACAUACGUUAAAGAGUUGUCUCAGUGUGUUUAAUGUCUUCUGAUAAUAAAUUUUAACAUGAAUUUUAAAGAA